AUUAACUUUAUUUAUAAUAUUUUAUAAGUUUAAGAAUUGAUUUAAUCUUAUGUUAACCAUAAAAUUUAAGGUUAUAUUUGUACUGUACCUACUUGUGAAAGCUUAUCGUAUUGGGCUUAAAGUAUACGUCUCGCGAUAGCCCACGCAUAACAAUGAAUCACCAUGUUUUAAUAUUGAAUUUUUGUAAACUCAACUACCAUAAAGCAAUCACGACAAUUGAAACUUGACCGAUGGAUUUGACUCACAAAGGCUUCUGUCCCCAAUAUUCGACUGUAACAACUUAUAUUCUAGAUGUGCGGAAUAAUCUUUCACGUGGUUCUUAUUUUGCAUAUUACAGUCCUGAACCCCAUCCAUCCAGAAAACUUUCGACCAAUAGAAAAAUGAUAGAAAAGGACAGAAUGAUCCUUACGAUUUGCUCCCCCUUAGAAGAAGGGGAAAAAGAGAAGGAGGAAAUAAUUAGCGAGAUAAUAAAGCGAACGGAGAAUGGGAGAGAAGGAAAAAUGAGAGAGGACAAUAACAACGCAGGGGAAGUUGAUGAUCCAUGGAAAGAAGUUAGACAGAUCAAGAGGAAAAUAGAGGAUCAGGAAAAAGGAAAGACAAUAUAGUAAUAAGCGGCUUGAAUGUGGAAGGCAGGGGACAAGCAAGUCGGACAGCAGUUCGGGAAGCCAGAAGAGAAGAGAAGAAGCUCCCCAGAAGAGAAGUCACAGAACGCGACGGCCAAAUUCGCCCUGAAAGCGACGAUCGCGGAGGAAUCGACGGCAAAACGCGUCGUCGCGUAGAGCGUGAAAGUAGCGACUCUCCAGCGAGAGUGACGACACUCCGGGAAAGAUACACGGCAAAGGGAUGGGAAAUAGCUACUCUUUGAACAGCAAGCAUGACGAGACAGCGAUUGAGAAUUGUUCGUUCUCCUUCGUUCGCCUUGGUUCGUCUUGCUGUAGUUGGUUGUUUGAGUUGCUGAGGGUCGAAAGAAUUCUGCGAGUCUUCGCAAAGGACUCGCCGAGAAUCGCAAAAUCCUCGCCGAGAAUCGCAAAAUCCUCGCCGAGAAUCGAAAAAUCCUCGAAAUCAAUACUAGAAAAACAUGAAACUCUUCGUAUAUUCAGUCCCAAUGAAAAAACCAACCGGAGCGUGGCGGUCGAUCCGGAACAUUUCCACCUGGAGAAUUUUCUGAGAUUAAUCUUUGACUGGAAUCCCAACUGCUUGGAGCAGGUGAAAAAUCAGACUAGAGGUACCCCGUCCUUCGCGGACGAGGACGAACUCGUCGCGACGCUGCCCGUGUAUCGAACGUACGAAGAAUAUUACAGGAUCGUCGGGCCCCUCCUGAGCCUGGAGCUGUGGCACGGAAUAUCGAGAACCUACCAGGAAGAGAAAAAAAUUCCUUGGCGUUACCGGAUCUCCACUUGCAAGACCGAGAUCUUCCUGGUACAUGAGGAAAAAUUGUACGUGAGCGUUUUGGAGCUGUACAUCGAGGGCAUUUACAAGGAGCUUCCGGUUCACGGGGAUCUCGUGAUCUUCAAUUACACGUCGAAACGGAGACACGAGUGCGGUUUUCCGGUGCAGAAAGCGUUCGCGUACGUCGCGAGAGUCCAGAAAGGGGGAGGACCGUACACCGUGUUGACGAAGCCAUGGGUCGACGCGGAAUUGAAAUGCGGCGACCUCCAGCCUGUCUCGUACAUUCGACCGACCCUACGAUCGGUUCAAGCUCUUCGGUAUCUCCCGAAGUCACCGCUGGGGAUUAUAACUUUGCAUCCUAGGAUCAUGUAUUUCCGGCUGCCCGCCACGAACAACUUGGACGAUUAUCCUCUGGUCACGAAGGAUUGCCUGAACGAGAGGCAGCUGGAGGCUGUCACGAAAAUAACGGCGGCAGUCGUGCAGGAGCUUCCGAGAAUAUGCCUGAUCCACGGACCUCCGGGUACUGGAAAAUCGCGAGUGAUCGUCAAUCUGAUAACGCAGAUAAUCCACAGCAAGCGCCGACUUCCCGGCUACAAGAAGAAGCGAAUACUGAUUUGCGCGCCCUCGAACACGGCCGUCGACGAGGUCGUCCUGAGACUGAUGAGCAUCAACAGAUCGUUGAAGGAACGUGGCGAAUUGCCCUUCAGCCUCGUACGCGUAGGCUGUGUCGACAAGAUGGACCCGUUGGUGAAGGAGAUUUUGCCGAGGGAACUGGCGACAAAGCAUGUCGAACGGAUAAGUCUGAACGAUAAACUGAUGUACGAUCCCGCUUAUGAACGCAAGAAAAAAGCGAGGAUAUUUUUCGAAGAGGAACGGCUGCUGAUUGACGCGGACGUGAUCGCGUGUACUCUCACUUCGUGCUACACGGAUAAGAUGGAAUCGAUGUUUGGCCAAAGCAAGGCGAUUUCGGUCUGCAUCGUCGACGAGGCCACUCAGAGCGUCGAGCCGGAUACUCUGAUCCCGCUGAUGCUCGGCGUGAAGACUUUGAUACUCGUCGGGGAUACCAAUCAGCUGCCCGCCACUGUCCUUUCUCAGAAAGCGAAGAAGUUGGGCCUGGACCAGUCGCUCUUCGCGAGAAUAUCGAAGAUCUUUGAACGCGAGCCGGACAAUCCGAUAAUCAAGCUGGACACGCAAUAUCGCAUGUCCAGUCCGAUUGCGCUUUUCCCCAACAGGCACUUCUACGACGGAGCACUGAAGAACGCCGCGAAGGAGUGCGGACUUCCGUUACACUUCUAUCGCGUCUUCAAUCUCAACGCCACUCAAAGCGCCGACAAAUUCUCAAACUGUAAUGAGGCGGACUUCGUCGCUAAUCUGAUGUACGCGCUGAUAGCUCGGGCGCACUACGGUAACGCGAUUUUGCCGGUCAGCGUCGGCGUUAUCACGCCGUACAACAACCAGAAAACGCUGCUCAGAAAAAAAAUCAGCAAACGUAUCUCGUGUCUGAAGUACCAGAGUAGUAUAGAUUACAAGGUGGACACGAUCGACAGUUUUCAAGGCCAGGAGCGAGACGUCAUGAUAAUGUCGUGCGUCAGGAGCCAGGGAAUUGGAUUUCUGGCCGAUCGUCAGAGACUCUGCGUGGCUCUGACCAGGGCCAAACACAGUUUGAUACUCUGCGGCAACUUUAAGACGUUCGAGAGGGAUCCCACGUGGAAGGCACUUCUGAAAGAUGCUAAAGAACGCAAGGUUUACAUAGACCUUCAGGCGUCCGCCAAUCCGGAUGUCAUAAUGACAUUCAUCGCUCGCUGAGAUACGAAGCGAGAAGACGACAAGUGGCAGUGGCAGAAAAACUAUCACACGCACAAACACUUAACGACCGGAUAUUUUUACAUCGUGCAAUGUAAACGUUGUCUACUGUUAAUUGCGUUGCUGGUCGCGGGUUCGGGAGGAUGAACGUACCAAGUUUCAACGUCCUCCGGAUAAACGACUGUUACGCGUUAAUCAAUCCCUUCGUAGCCUUAAGUUUCGUUACACUGUGCAAUAUUUAUCAUUUAUUUGUCUAUUUUUUGUCUUUCACUUCAAUCUUCCCGCAGUCGCUAAAAAAUAAUAUUUAAUUAA